CACGGACUCUUUCAGCUGGGGGACCCGUGUCCUGUCCCGCUGUGACACCCGUCCGACAGAGCAAAAUCAACUCAAGUGAUGUAAAAAUGUUGUCGGAGUCAGAAAACUCGCUUUAAUAACUUGUAUAUGUAAGCGAGGCGCAUGAAUUUAGCUGUGUGUGAAGCCAUGCGUGUCCGGACGGUGUGGUGGAUGUGUGCCGUGUCCCUGUUAGCAGCAGCAGCAGCAGCCGCUGAGGAGGACAUGGUGGAGAUACCGGGAGGACAGAUGCUCAUGGGGACAGACGCAGCGGACGGGAGAGACGGAGAGUCCCCGGCCAAGGCAGUGAGAGUGCAGGCCUUCAGGAUGGACAGACAGCCCGUCACAAACGCAGCCUUCAGAGACUUUGUCAGAGCUCAGAAGUACAAAACUGAGGCCGAGACGUUUGGCUGGAGCUUUGUCUUCCAAGACUUUGUGUCCGAAGAGCUGAAGAGCAAAGUCACCGAGAGGAUAGAGUCCGCACCUUGGUGGCUGCCUGUAGAAAAGGUGUUUUGGAGACAGCCUGCAGGGCCCGGCUCGGGCAUCCGGGAGCGGCUGGACUUCCCGGUGGUUCAAGUGAGCUGGAACGACGCCCAGGCUUUCUGCCGCUGGAAGGGGAAGAGGCUGCCCACAGAGGAGGAGUGGGAGUGGGCUGCACGCGGGGGGCUGCAGGGCAGGACGUAUCCCUGGGGAAACAAGUUCCAGGCGAACAGAACCAACCUGUGGCAGGGAUUGUUCCCAGAGGGAGACACUGCUGAAGACGGUUACCAUGGUAUCUCUCCUGUCACCGCCUUCCCUCCUCAGAACAGCUACGGCCUGUAUGACAUGAUGGGAAACGCAUGGGAAUGGACAGCCACGCCAUUUCGUGGAGCGCAAGCGAUGUACGUGCUGCGUGGAGCCUCCUGGAUCGACACUGUGGACGGAUCAGCCAAUCACAAAGCACGCAUCACCACCAGGAUGGGAAACACUCCUGACUCAGCAUCUGAUAACCUGGGAUUCAGGUGUGCUGCGAGCGAGAGCCACAAACCAGGGAAGAAGAAGCCGAAAACAGAACUGUAGCAAGUAAUCAGAAAAAAAUAAGAAUGAAACUAUCGUUCAAAAUUUUGAUUCAGAUAAUAUUGAUAGAUUUGAUGACUUUUAUGUGGAUGGAGGACUGGAGAAAAAAAGAGGGACCAGCUGAAUAAUGAAUUGUUGAUGAUGACAUGAAUAUGUGAGCACAGAGAAACGCUCUAAUUCUCCUGUGGAGAUCUCAUGGAACAUUUUUAUACCAUUUGAUAAAGAAUAAAAGUAAAAAUGCUAUCAUUUAA